AUGGAUCAGACUUCUAACGCAUCAAGCUCUAGUGCAGCUUCAGGUGAAGCUUCGAAAGGUGAAGACGAUGAUGUGAAUCCUGGAGCACAAGUGAGUCGGAAACGUGAAUUGCAAUUACAGUGCUCUCGUUGCGCGCAAAAAUUUAUUACAACAGCAGCCCUCGCUGCACAUACGGCGUCCCACCGUUUUGAUGCAGGCCACACUUUACCCAAAGUUUAUGGUAUACCAGUGGGCACAGUCGUAUUUCUUUGUCGGCUGUGUUGCUUAGCUUAUGAAUCGUCAGCAGUUUUCAAACAGCAUUCAGCUGCUCAUUGUUCACUCCACAAUUGCCCUGAAUGUUCCGUUGUUGCGUUCAAAGAGAGACAACUGCAGAUGCAUACGGAACUGCAUCGCAAUAUUAGCAACGCAGCCCGUUUAGUAUAUGUUUGUUCGAGAUGUAUGCAGUCGUACUCUUCUGAAGAAUCUUUGUAUCAUCAUAUGUUAGUCAAACAUAAUCAUCCUAUUUUGUACUUCUGCAAACAUUGCGGAUUCGCAUCUACAGAUGGUGCCAUGGUAUAUCUGCACAUAGUGAAGAACGAUUGUUGCUUAAAGGAAAGACGGAAGACUGAUGAUGUUACAGCUCUUAUGGGCUUUACUUCAGCUUGUAUGUUUCACUUUCAACCAGUCCAACCUGAAGUUUACGAGCGAGAAGUACAGACGCAAUCUAAAGCUAUUGUAAAACCUUCUCAGUGUAUUCAUCGCUCUUUUUUACCAAAUAACGAGCGCAUUUGCAUUACCUGCCCUGAAUGCGAUAUUCUGACUGGCUUUAUGAAGCUGGAGACUGAAAACCCAACUUUUAUCAAGAAAGUUCCGGCAAGUUUUCAACCUUUGCUUCGAGGACCAGAUGAUGACGGUCAGUUGUUGUCUUUUAUGAUCAGCGCGUGGAAAAAGCAGCAGUUCAGUAGUACGCCAAAUUGCGGCGAUCCAAUUGUUACGACAGUGGUUCCGCAGACCAUUGCAGCGACAGCUUCAAAACCUGUUAAUGUUACUGCAGUUCCCAUUUCCAAUGUUUUUCAAGCGAGUAAUUUAAGCACUGCGUUUUCUGUUCGCACCCUUGCUCCUUCCAGCACUGUCACAUUGACACCUGCAAGUUACACAAACAUUCCAUCAUUUCCAAUCGGUCAGGGUGUAACAGGUGGAUAUGUGCAGCCUGUGACAACAACUGCAGCUAUAAAUUUGCGAAGACAGCCUCCCUCAACAUCUUUAAAUGUUUAUCAGAUCAGUAAUAUACCUUCUGCUUCUGUUUCGGGAAAUUUAUCGAAGGCUCCUCAGUCAUCGAGUAGUUUUUUAUCCGCUACCAGUAAUCACCAGUCGCCCUGUAUUACGUUGUCGGGACCUAAUGAUUGUAGUCUCGCACCAAGUGAGGUUUCGGGACCGUCCUCUAUGACAGCAAUUCGUUUCAAUAAUUUGAUUUGCCGGCCUAUGCUUCAGAAUACCGUUACGGGUGAUUCAGUAAUUAAUAAACAGUUCUCAUCGUUGCCCCGUCCCCAGGUACCUCUUGCGGUGGCUGGGAGAACCAUUAGCAGUGUUGCUCCAUUGGAUAGAGAAUAUAUAAUGCAGUUGGCUGACAAUAGAUUAGUUUGUGUUUCACCGGAAUGUAAGGGUAUCUUCAUCGACAAGGUGGCUUUGGCACAUGUGCAUUGCUUGCGGCAUAAACUUUUCCAAACACAUUUCUGUCUGGAAUGCGGUGAGGGGUUCCCCGAUGAGCCAAGUGCCGUCAAGCAUCAAAUUAUGGUUCACAGAAAUAGCCAGCUACCAGCUGUAGAACUCACUUGUCCGUUUUGUCCGGAAGGAAAUAGAUACAAUGAUUUGGAUGAGUUUGCUGACCAUAUUAAGGAACGAAAUCCAUAUCACCGGAUGUUGAGACAUUUCUUGAGAGUUCGAGGGUGUACACGUUUCUUUGCAUCUUGUGAGGCUAUGAAUGCUCACCAAUCCGAUCACGACCGUGCGCAAUCAGGCACCUGUUGCGUUAUUUGCGGUACCGCGCAAUACUACUGGAUUACUCCUGUUUCUGGUACGGUCCCGAGACUAUGCCACACAUUUCUUCAUGCUUUUGCAUUGUGGAGUAUGUGUCGGGAGUGUGGGCUUUGUUUUCCGUACGAGCCAAAGAGAGAACAAUUUGUUGGUCAUUUCAUGCAGACUCACUUUGAUCCCAAGAUGUCUUCCUGCAACGUUUGCAAGCUUGGAAUAGAUAAGCUUCAUUAUAAGGAACAUGCUAUCAAUAGACAUUUUGUAAGGAUUUUUUGCCAUUUGGAAGCUCCGGAUUUGCAAAAAAUGCGGGCUUAUAUUUCAGUACUUGGCAUGAGAUCGGAUCGUUCUAGAGGUAAUGUUGUCAGGAUUGACCCGGAGUUGCUUUAUUACCAUUUGGGUGUUAAUCGCUUUAAGAAGCCAUAG